CCUACGUUCCUACAUAGCUAACAUGAAUUUUCAAAGAGUAGCAUCUGGAAUGCAAGAUGCAAGUGAAUCAGCGAGAUGGGUCAGCGACAUUUCAGGGUCGUUUUUCUCCCUCCAGAUCACACCAUCAUGGCGGGAAGGAAUCUGAACCGUGCGGGUCCCCUCCCGGGGCUUCAGGCCAGCGGCCAGGUGCAUGCCUUUGGGAAUUGCGCAGACAGCGACGUGCUGGAAGAAGAUGCUGAGGUGUAUGAACUUCGGUCCAGGGGAAGGGAGAAGGUUCGAAGAAGCACAUCGAGAGAUAGACUUGAUGACAUAAUUAUCUUAACAAAAGACAUACAGGAAGGAGACACGCUCAAUGCAGUUGCCCUUCGCUACUGUUGUACGGUAGCAGAUAUCAAGAGAGUUAACAACCUCAUCAGUGAUCAAGACUUUUUUGCUCUUAGAUCUAUCAAAAUCCCAGUUAAAAGGUUUAGUUCUUUGACCGAAACUCUUCACCCUCUGAAGGGGAGACAAGGUUUGCAUCCCUCGCCUGCUCCGUGUGGCCCCGAGCAGGAGCUGGUGCCAGCCGGCGAGCCUCUCACUUCCAGCGGCUCAGCUGGCAGUUUCCUGAGAGAAGUGGACCGGGACAUAGAACAGAUAGUCAGGUGUACGGACACCAAGAGGGAGAACCUGCAUGAGGUCGUGUCCGCCUUGACCGCACAGCAGAUCCGCUUCGAGCCCGAGAACAGAAGCGUUCACCGGAAGGAUCCGUAUGACGGAGCCGACUGGGGCAUUGGCUGGUGGACGGCCGUGGUGAUAAUGCUGAUCGUGGGGAUAAUAACACCGGUGUUUUAUUUGCUCUAUUAUGAAAUUUUAGCUAAAGUGGAUGUGAGUCACCAUUCUACAGUGGGCUCUUCGCAUUUGCAUCCAGGACUCACACCUCCAUCCCAGCCCAGGGAAAUGGAACCUGGAAUCGGUCCCACAAAAGGGAUACCUGUUGGUCAACAAGAUGACCACAAACUGUAUAGGCAAGACCCUCAGUCACCUGACGCUCAACACAACACCUAACAGUGAGCUCCGAUCAGUGCUAAUGAUCAUGUGUGCAUAUGGAACAUGGCGACUCAUAGACAUCCGACACCGGCUUCCAAGUCAGAAUCUAGGAACAUCAAAGAUGCUUUCUGCCUAAAACUCCCUGAGCUUUACAAAUGGACUGUCUAUAACACACGCAUUUGCUGCUUUACGU